GCUGCGGACGCGCGGUUCGGGCCCAGGCAGCGCUCGGCGCCGACCCAUGUCCUCAAGAUGGAGGCGGCGGGGGCGACGGCGUGAGGCGCAGGGCGGCGCGGGGAGCGCGGGAGCGGGCCGGCGGGCGGCGGCAUGGGGCCGCUGCUCCUGAUCCUGGCGGCGGCCGCGCUGGGCUCGCUGCUCACGCUGCUCGCUCAGUUCCUGCUGCUCUACCGCCGGCAGCCCGAGCCGCGGGCGGACGAGGCGGCGCGCGCGGCCGACGGCCUCCGCUACCUCCGGCCGGUACCGGGCCUGCCGCUCCGCGAGUACCUCUAUGGCGGCGGCGGCGAGCCCGCGGCCGGCUCCUCCGAGGCCGCCGCGCCGCCCCCCGACAGCCCGGGCCCGCCGACGCGGGAGACAUGCUACUUCCUCAACGCCACCAUCCUGUUCCUGUUCCGGGAGCUGCGGGACACGGCGCUCGCCCGCCGCUGGGUCACCAGGAAGAUCAAGGUGGAGUUCGAGGAGCUGCUGCAGACCAAGACGGCCGGCCGCCUGCUGGAGGGGCUGAGCCUGCGCGACGUGUUCCUGGGCGACGCGGUGCCCUUCAUCCGGACCGUGCGCCUCGUGCGGCCCGUGGAGACCUCGGGCGAGCCCGACGGCGCCGACGCGGACGCGCCGCCCGCCGCCUGCCCCGAGGAGCUGGCCUUCGAGGCGGAGGUGGAGUACAGCGGCGGCUUCCACCUGGCCAUCGACGUGGACCUGGUCUUCGGCAAGUCCGCCUACCUGUUCGUCAAGUUGUCGCGCGUGGUGGGCAGGCUGCGCUUCGUCCUCACCCGCGUGCCCUUCACCCACUGGUUCUUCUCCUUCGUGGAGGACCCGCUGAUUGACUUCGAGGUGCGCUCGCAGUUCGAGGGGCGGCCCCUGCCGCAGCUCACCUCCAUCAUCGUCAACCAGCUCAAGAAGAUCAUCAAGCGCAAGCACACGCUGCCCAGCUACAAGAUCAGGUUUAAGCCGUUUUUUCCAUAUCAAGCCUUGCAAGGGUCUGAAGGCGAUGAAGAACUUAUCCAUAUUCAGCAAUGGGCACUUACUGAAGGCCGCCUUAAAGUCACCUUGCUAGAAUGUAGCAGGUUACUCAUUUUUGGAUCCUAUGACAGAGAAGCAAAUGUUCAUUGCACACUUGAGCUGAGCAGUGGUGUUUGGGAAGAAAAACAAAGGAGUUCUAUUAAGACGGUUGAAUUAAUAAAAGGGAAUUUACAGAGUGUUGGACUUACGCUUCGUCUUGUCCAGUCAGCUGAUGGCUAUGCUGGGCACGUCAUCAUUGAGACCGUGGCCCCAAACUCGCCUGCCGCACUUGCCGACCUUCAGCGGGGGGACCGCCUCAUUGCCAUCGGAGGUGUGAAAAUCACAUCAACAGUACAAGUGCUGAAACUCAUGAAGCAGGCCGGUGACCGAGUCCUGGUGUACUACCAGAGACCAGUUGGUCAGAGUAGCCCAGGUGCGAUGCUGCAAGACAGUUUGGGCCAGCUGGAAGAAAACUUUUUGUCAAGCUCCUGCCAGCCAGGUUAUGAAGAGGAAGUUGCUGGGUUGCCAAUGGAUGCUGAAAAUAAAGACCUUGAUUCUGAAUUUGAAGACCUGGCAAGUGAUGUCAGAAUACAAACAGAGUUCAAAGAGGAGGCACCACCAUUAGGUCACAGCCCCAAACGCACGCCAUCAACACUUUCUAUUAAACCCCUUGGCGCUAUAUCCCCAGUUUUAAAUCGUAAAUUAGUUUCAGGAAUUCAUCCACCACCACAAAAACUUUCAUCCAAAGAAGGAAAUAAACCAUCAGCUCUAAAAACUUCAGAGGCCACAGAAGCAGGACAUGUGUCCAAGCCCCCAGGACCCACUUUCAAACCGCCUGUGCCACCACGACCACAAGUGAGAGUGCCUCUGCCUUCUACCGACACGCCAACUCAGGCAGACCCGGAUGCUGUGGAAAAGCCAGACAAGGUGCUGCUUCCCCCUCCUCCCGCAGAGAAGCCUGCUGAGAAGCCAGUGAGGAGCGCGGAUCACGGAGAAGAUGUGCUGGCCGGCAAGCAGUCUUCAGCAAAGCAGGAGAUGGUGAAGGAUCUUCCCACAGAGAGUUCUGGGCCUACCAAGGACACUUCAGAUGACCAUCCGCUGUGGGAGUCGUCAGAGGUUCUUUAUCGUAAUAAGGUGGGAAAGUGGUCAAGAGCCGGAGCGUCCUGUUUGUUUGACAUAGAAGCCUGCCACAGGUACCUGAACAUUGCACUGUGGUGCAGGGAUCCUUUCAAGUUAGGAGGCCUCAUCUGUUUGGGGCACGUUAGCUUAAAACUUGAGGAGGUGGCUUUGGGGUGCCUCGCCACCUCGAACAUGGAGUACCUUUCACAGUUCCGGCUGGAGGCGCCUGCGCCCAAGGCCACGGUCACUAGGACUGCUCUACGAAAUCUGAGCAUGCAAAAGGGCUUCAAUGACAAAUUCUGUUUUGGUGACAUUACUAUUCAUUUCAAAUACUUAAAGGAAGGAGAACCAGACCACCACAUAGUUCCUAAUGUAGAGAAAGAAAGAGAACUCCAUAUGGCUGAGGAAGUUUCUACACUCCCUAAAGAGGAGCCUUUUGUGGCACAGAUGAGUUUGUCAGAAAAUAAGCAUAGUUUCCAAGAUACUCAGUUCCAAAAUCCAACUUGGUGUGAUUACUGUAAGAAAAAAGUUUGGACAAAAGCAGCUUCCCAGUGUAUGUUCUGUGCUUAUGUUUGUCAUAAAAAAUGUCAGGAAAAGUGUCUAGCUGAGACACCUCUUUGUGGAGCAACUGAGAGGCGAAUAGACCGGACCCUGAAAAACCUCAGGCUGGAAGGCCAGGAGCCACUCUUGGGCCUUCCUCCUCGUGUUGAGAUGGAAUCGAACAAGUCAGUCAAUAAAACAACAGGUUUGACAAGGCAUAUUAUUAAUACCAGCUCUCGUUUACUGAAUUUGCGUCAAGUCUCCAAAACUCGCCUUUCUGAACCAGGAGCAGAUCUUGUAGAACCGUCACCCAAACACACACCCAAUACAUCGGACAAUGAGGGCAGUGACACAGAGGUCUGUGGUCCCAACAGUCCUUCCAAACGAGGGGCCAGUGCAGGGAUAAAGUUAGUGAGGAAGGAGGGCGGGCUGGACGACAGUGUUUUCAUUGCAGUGAAGGAAAUUGGCCGUGACCUGUACAGAGGCUUGCCGACAGAAGAGAGGAUCCAGAAACUCGAGUUCAUGCUAGAUAAGCUGCAGAAUGAGAUUGACCAGGAGCUGGAGCACAACAAUUCCCUUGUUAGAGAAGAGAAAGAAACAGUGGAUACAAGGAAAAAAUCGGGUGUUUCUGCUGCUUUGGUUAAAUCAGGAGAAAGACUACAAGCCCUAACACUUCUGAUGAUCCACUACAGAGCGGGCAUUGAAGAUAUUGAGACCUUAGAAAGCCUGUCUCUGGAUCAGCAUUCGAAGAAGAUGAACAAGUACACAGACGACACGGAGGAAGACCUGGAGAGUGAGCUCAGCCAGCUGAUCGACUCGCAGCCCUUCAGCAGCAUCUCGGAUGACUUGUUUGGCCCAUCUGAGUCUGUGUAACCGACAAGCUAAUUACGCUUCAAAUGGCUGGGACAAGAGGGAUUGGGAGUGCCACGGGGCAGCCGUGCUCAGUUCUCUCUCGCGCAUUCUGGCCUGCUUCUACAGCUGCUUGCUUGUUUAAGAAUGAAAAGGUGGUUUUCCAGCAGAAACAUGACCAGCUCACCAAAUUGGUUGUUUCAGGUUGUGCUUAUAGUUAUGUUGGUUUGUUUUGUUUUGUUUAAUUUAUACUGGGAAUUGGGUUUUAUUAAUUUAUUUUUAACCUUUUCUAAUUAUGUAAGCUAACUUUUUGUGUUUGUGUAUAUGUGAUGUCUCGCUGUCAUUUUUUUUUUUCUCUUUCUUCCUGGUUUUUGAAUUAGUGUUAAAUAAGGUCCUGUCUAGAUUUCCUGAAAUACUUUCAUUCUCAUUUUUCAUCACGGUUAAAACAGCGAAUUUGUUGCAUGCCUAAAUUGACAACAGUGAUCACUGGGAGAACAGGUGUGAAUCUUCUUCUGCAUUUUAAGGUUGUCAGCUGCACUUGCUUGAGGCUUUUGUUAGAUGGGGUUUGGGGGAUUUUUGUUUUAUUUUGCUUUCAUUGAUGUUGUUGUUGCCAAAUGUAAAUGAAAGCAGACCCUACAGCUUUAAUAUGUUAUGCUGAUUUAGUUUAAUUUUUUACACAUAUUGCUUGCUUCUUAUGCUUCUGUGAUAUUUUUAAAGCUUUUAUGCAGUUGAAGUAUAGUAAAAUUAUAGCAAUUAACUAGAAGAGGUUGCAUUGAAUAGAGAUUAAAUGCAAAAUCUAGUUGGUCAGGAAUUUUGUAGAGAGGAUAAGAAGAUUUCAGUACUGAAGAACAGUAACCAGUAGGAUUUUGGAAAGUAUUUCAGAUGUCGAUGCUUUCCUUUGAAAUGGAAGUUAGGAACGCUCAUGAUGAUUUUUCGUCCUUGAUUCUCCCAUAGGAAAUAAAGCAUGUUCAGGAGACUUAAAAUUUCACAGGACUUGUUCUGAAAAUGACUGCAUUGAUAACUGGCUUUGUUUGAAAAGAAACGAUGUAGGUGUGUGAUGUGGAGGCAGUCACGCUGAGCAUGAGUACUACAUCAUCUGGUGUCCUGUGGCCUUAAAGGAAUAUUGGUCAUUCUGAAUACUGUAGAAGUUCAGGCUGUCUUCAUUCAUUGUAAAGAAAAGGAACAGUAGACAGCAUCCAUCACUCUGUCAAAAUGAAGGCUUGCUAUGGUAUGGGCCCAUCUGAUGGAUGCUGUAACAAAACAGCUGAGUAAAGAUGUGGGUUUGACCCUACUGAUGUAUCUUAAAAGUGUCAGCCUGUUAUACCUGUAGAAUAGAAAAGUGGUUUUCCCAUUACAGGUAACUACUAUGAUAACACAUAAACCAACUCAAUUUAAAACUAUAUGGAACAGUUCUUUGGCUGAAGGAACAUGCAUAGUAUGAUAGUAAAAAGACUGGCCCAGUCUGGAGCCCACACUCCAACAGGAGUUUCAGGUUAACUCUUUAGGGAGCUGUGCAGCCAUAAGCAGGUCACAAAGGGUCCCUCAGCUUCCCAUCUCCAAAGGUACUCACUCUACCUCACAGGAUUGUUGUGAGGAAAACAGGAGCAUAACUGCAAAAGCGCUUUAAACAGUAACAUGCUGUAAAAAUAAAAGGUAUCGCUUACAUGGGAAAAACAUUGUUGAGUGUAGAAGUUAUUCCAGUCCUAAACUCAAUAGCUAACUCUCAUUCCUGUCAUUAAGUGCGGUAAUAGGCCACAGACCUACCUUUGGCAGGUUAUAGAAAAGGCUACAUCUGCUCAGCCCCUCCACUCCUUUACUGUUUAUUUGAGCAUGCUCACAGCCUAAAAGCACCACAAUAGACUUCCCACAGAAAGUCCCAGAGGCUAAAAUGUUGUUUCAUGUCUUCUGUCUGAAACAUCUGCCUGACGCGUAGCCAUGGUUCAUCUUGUGCACAGUAACUUGUCGUCGCUGCCCUGAAGGUGGAGUGUCGGGGUGGCUGGCGUGUCUACGGAUCAGAGUGUGGAGGUCUUCUCCUGCCCUGUCAUGCAGCUGCUGCAUCUGAAGAGCGGCCGGAUAACACACAGCUUUAGCUCUAAGGCUCUGCUCCAGCUUUCCAGUGUCUGUCUCUCCAGUCAUGGAGAGCUCCACGGUCCUGCUGCUGACGUCUGCAACAUACACCUCUAAUGUAGCGCAGUAUGUUUCUGUUGGGAGAGACAGUGGAGGCAUCCCAGCUGUGCUUUAGAGCAGGGAAGGAGGGGGAGCUCCAAAGACGCUAGAGCAGAGUAUAAGGCUUGAGUUGAAAAGGUUGUAUUAUAUUACAUCACUCAUGUAAUCUCGCGGCCAUGCUAUGUUAUCAAUAGCUAAAAUAAUAAUAAAGACUACCACGAAAAGUAAGAA